AUGGUGACGAUGUUUGUUGUUCUAAUAACAAUUUUUACACUAGCCUUAAUAUUACAUUUGAUUGGGUUUUUCUUGUUAUAUAACUAUAGCGGAAAUAUCAGCAAAACUCAAAAGAAGCUGAUGUUAAACUUAAGUAUUACAGAAAUAAUUUUAUCAUGCCUUAGCAUUAUGAAUACCAGUUUCACGCACAUCACUUUGGAUACACAAUCAAACAGCACAGCCAAUGAAACUCUAUCACAGUUCUUUGUGUAUGACAUGGCAUGUACAGUUACAUCGACAGUUUACUUCGCCGUCGUUCUAUCGUAUUACUACAGUAUGACAUUUUUAACACUGGACCGACUAUGUGAGGUGUAUUUAAACAUUCGAUAUUCAUUGUAUUGGAGUGCGAGGAAAACAAAGUAUUUAACCCUCUUUAUGUGGGUUAUUAUCGUGGUAACAGCUGUGGGCUCUACAGCAUAUGCUUUACAAAAUAAAAGCUACCAUAAAAUGGAACACUUUUUUUAUUACAUCAUAUACCCAACAAGCAGUGCUUUAUUUUUCUUAGUUGGUGUGCCCACGUAUACGUACAUUAUCAUAAUCCUGUUACGUAAUGAAAGAAGAAAUAAACAAAGUGUCCACGGAAGUAGAAUAAGGCAUUCUUCUUCUUCUUCUUUUUCUUCUUCUUUUCCAGUAAUAAAAUUAGAUCGUAUACUUUUACCAUUACUUUUGAUGGUGACUUUCAUUUUAUUUCUGAUCGUACCACAUAUUCUAAUUUUUAAUCAAGUUAUUACAACAUGUGUGUCAACACUUUUGCUUGAAAUUUGUCAUAUCAUGCUUGGGUUUGGCUUCAUGUCUGAUGUGGUUAUAUACGUUCUUUUUUCAACAUCCAUUCGAAAGAAAAUAAUACGACAAAUGAAGUUAUCAAGAAGAUUCAAGACAAAGAUUAACGAAGCAAAAACUUCAGCAAAUACUGAACUUCCAAGAGACUAA